AUGGGUGCAGGAGCUGUUGCAUCUUCCGGCACUACCACCGCCUACGGUCACCUUCUCGACCCCAACAGAAAGUGGUACAACAACAGACGGAUUAUCUACCUCAACUUCUGGAUUCUGCUUCUCCUUAUCACGUCCUCCACGAACGGAUACGAUGGAAGUAUGAUGAACGGGUUGCAGUCCCUCACCCAAUGGGCUGGUUACUUCAAUCACCCCACUGGCGGAAGGCUUGGUCUCCUGAACGCCAUCCAAAACAUUGGCUCGUUGGCCGCCUACCCCAUUUCCCCCUACGUCGCCGAUGGCCUCGGUCGGCGUACUUCCAUCUUCCUAGGCGCCUGUAUCAUGUGUGUCGCGACCGCCAUUCAGACUGCCUCCACAUCUGUUGGCAUGUUCAUUGGUGCCCGUUUCCUCAUUGGUUUCGGUCUUACCUUCGCUGCCACGGCCGCCCCCAUGUUGGUCACUGAGAUCUCGUACCCUACCUACCGUGCUCCUCUCACCUCGACCUACAACUCCCUGUGGUACUCUGGCGCCAUUGUCGCUGCCUGGGCUACCUACGGCUCCUUCAAGAUCCAGAACACCUGGGCAUGGCGUCUCCCUUCCAUCCUCCAGGCUCUUCCUUCUGUCAUCCAAGUCGCCCUCAUCUGGUUCGCACCCGAGUCGCCUCGUUGGUUGAUCAACAAGGGUCGCCAUGCUCAAGCUCUCAAGACCCUCGCCUACUACCACGCCGACGGCAACGAGGAGGACCCGCUCGUCAAGUACGAGUUUGAGGAAAUCAAGGCCGCCAUCGACCUUGACCGACAAGUUUCCUCCUCCAUCGGCUGGAAGACCCUCUUUGCCACCCCCGGAAACAGGAAACGCAUGACCAUCAUCAUUGCCCUCGCCUUCUUCUCUCAGUGGUCCGGUAAUGGUCUCGUCUCCUAUUAUCUCAACAAGGUCUUCAACACCAUCGGCAUCACCGACCCGACCAUCCAGCUGCUCAUCAACGGCAUCCUGCAAAUCUGGAAUCUGUUCUGGGCGCUGCUCGCGUCAUCGCUCGUCGACAAGAUCGGUCGCCGUAUCCUCUUCAUGACCUCUGUCAUCGGCAUGAUCGUGUUCUUCACCCUCCAGACCGCGUGCUCUGCCGUGUUCGCCAACACGGAAAACAAGGCUGCCGCCAACUCGGUCAUCGCGUUCAUCUUCCUGUUCUACGCCUUCUACGACCUCGCGUUCACCCCCCUCAUCGUGUCCUACACUGUUGAGAUUCUGCCCUAUCAGAUCCGUGCCAAGGGCUUCACAGUCUUCAACUUCGCUAUCUCGCUCUCGCUCAUCUUCAACCAAUACGUCAAUCCAGUUGCUCUGGACGCCAUCGGCUGGAAAUAUUACACCGUUUACGUUGCAUGGUUAUGCUUCGAAGCUGUCUUCCUCUGGUUCUUCGUUGUUGAGACCAAAAACCGCACUCUCGAGGAGACUGCUGCCCUGUUCGACGGUGACGACGCCGCCGAACAGAUCGCCGCCGCUGCCCACGCUGUCGACAGCGACAAGGAUGAGAAGUCCUCAGGCUCCUUCCACGAGACCAAGGCCUAA